ACACAAUAAGAUGGACGCUAGGGAAGGUAGGAAGAGGAGCACGUGCAGUAUAUGUCAUCAAGAAGGACAUAAUCGCACAAGGUGUCCGAGAAGGACCCAACCUGGCGAUGCAGCUGGAUCGUCGCAUUGAUUUCGUAUGCAUUUUGUGACUCAUUCACACCCUUCUUUUUUUUUUUUUUUGUAUAUAAUUCAUCUGAUGCGAGGAUGCAUUUUACAGGAUUGAUCCAGGGCCGUCGGAUCCGAGUGUCUUGACUAUGGGCAAUGAUCACAGGGCCAGUCGAGCGUGGGCUGAUGGGCAUGCGGACCCCUUGUUCUGCCGAGGGGGCAUGCAGUUUGCGGAGCGUUGGUUAGAGGCAGACCCCCGCAUCGUCCAGCUGAUACACGAUGCAGGGUUUUAUGGGAUUUAUCGGAUUGCUCAUAUUCAGCUUGAUUGGCAUCUCGUCACAGCAUUGGUGGAGCGAUGGAGACCCGAGACGCACACGUUCCACCUACCUCAUGGCGAGUCCACCGUCACAUUACAGGACGUUGCUGUUUUGUUUGGGUUACCGAUUGAUGGGCGAGUCGUCACCGGUCGCACUGCUGGACUAGUGGAGGGACUUAUAGACCGUCAGGGUCGAGUCGCCCUGCGUACUAUGUGUGAGCGUUUGUUAGGCAUCGUUCCGCCUCACAGCGAGUUGGUUGGUGCACGCAUUCGUAUGCGGUUUCUCGAGGGGGAUAUGUUUCGUGAGCUCCCGGAAGAUGCCAAUGCACAGACGAUAGCAUGCCACGUACGAGCCCACUUGUUGCGUUUGAUGUGUGGGGUGAUUUUCUCUGAUAUUUCCGGCAGCUAUGCGCAUCUGAUGUUCCCUCCACUACUUGAGGACUUCGGAGCAUGUCACUCAUACAAUUGGGGGUUCGCCACUUUGGCGUGGUUGUACAGGGAGAUGUGUCGCACCGUGCAUUACUCGAAGACACAGAUUACGGGCCCCCUUCGCCUACUCCAGGUUUGGGCCUGGGAGAGAUUUGCUUCCUUCACGUUGACGCGGUGAGGUUUCCUGCAAAUUGAGAGGGGUCAGGACGAUCGUCUGGUUGAUCCUCUCCCACUCGCAUACCGAUGGAGGGACGACUUGAGGGCAUCGAUGGUUGCGCUUCACACAUUGCCCUGGUACAGGUUCGAGUUAGACAUGCACCGGGAGCAUGAGUUUUUAUGGAUGCCCUACACAGAAGAGAUUUUAGCUGACCUGUCGCAUGACUAUGUAGACGGGAGGGACCUGUGGGUAGCUCGAGUGCCACUCAUAUGCUUUCAUAUUAUUGAGUGGUA